AUGUCUCGUACUUACCAGGACGCCCUUGAAAAGCUCACAUCCCUCCAGUCAAACCGCACCAUCACACAGCUCUUCGACACUACACAGGGAAACAACCAACCCCCAGCCCGGGAUCUCAACGCUCUCGCCAUCCCAGAAGUCACCAGAUGGCUAGAACGCGCGGGCUACACAACACAGGACCUCACCCGCAUGCGCCACAUCCACGUUGCUGGCACCAAAGGCAAGGGAUCGGUAUGCGCCUUCGCGACCUCCCUCCUCCGGCAGUACGGAACCGUAGGCACGUAUACGAGUCCACAUCUCGUUAGUCCCCGGGAGAGAAUAGCCAUAAAUGGCGAGCCCGUGUCCCAGGCACAAUUUGCCAGCGCUUUUUUCGAGCUCUGGGAUCGGUUUACAGAGUCUGCGAGGAGGGAAGGCGUGGAUGUUGAUGUUGCGGAGGGACCGACUACGAAGCCCUUCUUUUUUAGAUUUCUGACGAUUAUGGCGUGGCACAUCUUUUUAACGGAGGGGGUGACGAAUGUGGUUAUGGAGUGUGGAAUUGGGGGCGAGUAUGAUGCGACGAAUAUUUUGCCGGCGAGGGCUGUUUCUGCGGCUGUGAUUUCGCAAUUGGGUAUUGACCAUGUUGCUAUGCUGGGAGAGACGGUGGAGGAAAUUACGUGGCAUAAGGCAGGGAUAUUGAAGGAUGGGGUGAAGGGGUUUACGGUCAAAGCUGAGGCGAGUGUGAUGAGGGUGUUGAGGGAGAGAGCCGCUGAGAAGAAUGCCACGCUGGUGGAGGUUGAUAGCGGCGAGAUUGAAGCAUGGGGCGGCGUGGAGGGUAAUCUGAAGGGCGGAUUUCAGAAGCUGAAUCAGGCUUUGGCUGUCAUGGCUGUGAAGGAGCAUAUGGGUAUCUCGGGGGGAUUGGGAGUUAUACCGAGCGAAAUGGUCAAGGGACUGAGGGAAGCUACCCUGAGAGGAAGAUGCGAGGUAGUUCGUGAUGGAGACGGAACGUGGCUACUUGACGGGGCACAUACGAAGGAGAGUUUGGUCGAGGUGGCGAGGUGGUUGGGUCAGAAUGUGGACGAGGGCGAAGAGGUGGUCUUGGUGUUUAAUCAGCAGGAGCGGAAUGCGGGUGAGUUGCUGGCUGGGUUUCUGGAAGCGGCCGAGAGGGUAAUGGGACGGUAUGUUUUUGUGUCAGCUCUGUUUACGAGGAAUGAGAUGAAGGGAGUGGGAGAUGGCGAUGUUACUGUUCAGGAAGGAGCUGCGAGGAAGAUGACUGAGGUUGUGCCAGGCUGUACGACCGCGGUGUUUGACAACAUUGAGGAUACGAUUGAACAUGCAAGGACGCUUAUACAGAAUAAGGAUAAAAAGCAGGGCAAGGUUUUAGUAACGGGGAGUAUGCAUCUUGUCGGUGGUGCGUUGCGGGUUCUCGAGCCCGAUAGUCUAUUAUAG